GGAAAGCGAGGCAUAGUUUCCUGCCUGAUGAACGAAAACACAGCUGAAGACUGAAAGGCGAAGAGAAGAAGCGGAGAUUUACGAACUAUUCACCGUCGCAGCUUUCUCACGUUCAUCUGUAAUUUACCUGAGACAGACAUGACAUCUGUUUGCUGAACUGGUCCGCCUUAAGCCACAGCUAGCACCAAACAUUGGUGUGCAACUUCCCAGCGAAUCCGACUGAUCCGCCCCCAUCACCAUGGAAACAGAAACGGAAGUCAUUCCUAUCUGGCAGAAUAAGCCCCAUGGAUCCACCCGUAGUGUUGUCAGAAGAAUAGGUUCUACUCUCCCACUCAAACCUCCACAAAGAGCAUGUUUCCAGGAACUACCAGGCCUACCCUCUCUUCGGCCUAUGACUGGCCCUAUGGUUCCUACCUUGGCAGAUAUAGCCUGGAUUGUUGCAGAUGAAGAGGAGACCUAUGCUCGAGUACGGAGCGACUCACGCCCUCUAAAGCAUGAAUGGCGGCCCACGCCCCUGCUGGUGCUCCACAGGAACUCAUCUGUGCCCAACUUCCGCCGUGAGGGCAAAAGAAUGGAGGGACUGAAGAAGCCCGGGGCCACGGCGCUAAAUCGAACAACAGCCCUGCAGGACGAGCUCACCAGACUCCGAUCACAGAUUGCCAAGAUUGUGUCAAGCGAUUCUGGCUCCAACCCCAUAACUCCUGACCUGCUCUCCCCCGACGACACGAGUAUGAGCUUCUCCAUGGCGCCUUUUGAGACAGCAUCCUUCCCGCCGGCUGCCACAGCUGCUGCCUCCUUUGUCAUCAGUGACGUCACAGAGGAGGAAGAAGAGGAGGACGAUGAGGAAGAUGAUAAAGAUGUGGUCUCUGUGGUGUCAGAGCUGGUCCCUGACCCACCUGCUUCCAUGACGACAUCAGCCACCUUUGACCUGGACAGGCCCAGCAUGGACUUCCGGGAGGCUGAAGAGGACACGGUGUCGCUGUCAAAGUCCACCAGCUUUGCUGACGUGAUGGACAUUCUGAAGGACAUGAACCGCAUGAAGAUGAGCAAAGACAGGUACAACAGAGGCUGUACGUCCCUGAGAGAGGAGGACUCUGCAAUUCUGAUCUCAGAGGCUUUGAGGAAAAAGUUUGUCUUGAAGGAAGAAGAUUCAGCUGCUGGGAAUCGGAAGUAGCUCGAUCGCAUGUUUUCCAUCACCACCCGAUCCUGCUGUCAAUGCCUUUGCCUGUGGAGUAUGUACCCAUGGAUCCACAACCUUACUCCUCAAACCCAAGGCAAUAGCUGUCCGCCAGAGAUAAGACAACAAAACACUUUGUCCCAGACUUUCACAACCAAAUGUGAACUUCACAGUGCAGUACGAGGGGGAACAGUCCGCUCCUGAUAACAAUAAUCUGUUUCAGCACUGCAUCACAUACUGCAUUUAUUGUAAUUCCCCCUGGGAAAAAAGGCUUAUGCUCAAACCUAUUUUCAAUAACGACUCAACAGACUGGUGCCAGUGCUGUCCAGUAACGUGGUCAUUGCAAAUAUGGGGUGUCGUGUCAUAAAACGGUGCUGAAGGAUGCGCUGAAAGAUGC